AUGGUAUUUCUCUCGCCCCCAGAUUUUUCGUCAUUUUCUCAAACAGUCGGAAACGGAUCGCCCGCCCAAGCAUGAUGAGAACUCUUGUGAUCAACUGGCUCUCCACCAACUUAUCCCCUUUCCGCGGAAAACCUCUCUUCUGAAAUCGUCUGUAAUCGAAUUCCACUCUUAGGAGACCAAGUUGUUCUCGGCGUUGGAACAACUGGUCGGCGGCGCGUACCCGUCCGGAGGCGGGGAGGCCGCUUCCUCUUCCGGGGCGCCACACAUCUAUGACACGUGUCCGGACGACGGUGACGGCGACUAUCCCGAAGAUCCAGCCCUUUUUGCAGAUGGCAUGAGCAUGAGGUUGCUCUGCAUCACCAGUGAGUUGUUUGUUUGUGUUGCCCCGUCGAGACAGUAUCCCGCGACGCGAGGCUGUCCAUCCCAACUCGGCCUCCCGACAUGGACGAGAUGUUAACCUUAGUUGUUUCAGUUAAAAAGGCACGUCUGCAAGGAGCUGUCGGUGAGUCGUUUCCCUUUAUAAAACAGUGUUUCCAAAAAAAGAAGUGCUCCGUUUUCGGAGUGCUAAGAGAUGAGUUCUUUCAAAUCCGGGAGUCCGAUUUGCUGACGAUACUGAGAAAUUCAUCAUUCGUGACACCUGUCAUUCCGCUCGCGUUGCCCUCUUGGCGAAUAAUAAAUCUCAUCUCAACGGCUUUUUCGUGUCGAUGACACGAGUCGAGAGGCCAACUUGCACGGCUCCGCGCGAAGCGUUUAGUAUGCCGCGCAUGGGAAAAUGCUCCGCCCGUUUUUUGCAUUUUAAUCGAAUUUCGGUUCUUCUUCGAUUAGACGAAAAAGACUUUGAAGGAAAAAAGUGAAGAGGCGCAAGGAAAGUUUCGGUCAGUCAGGAGGAAAUUAAGUGAAGGAGAUGGGGAACCUAAAAAGAGAAAAGAGAGCCAGUCACUGGGAAAAACAAGGCGAGUCCGGCCAGGAGACGUCAGCCGGAGAGGGCAGUACAGUGACUUCCGGUCCUUGAUCUCCAUCACUAAAUGUGUUUAUAAUUCUCGCUUGUUCCCGACCGAAUGUGUUGCCUUUUUGACAACUGCUCCCUCGGGCAUCCCCGCGCUUUCCUUUCCCCAGUUUUGUUCCGGUUCUCUAGACCAAAAAGCACAGACCGUAUCUCUUUUCGUGUUGUGAAUAGUGCAGUAUUCCUCGACGUUUUCGAAGCAAUUACGGCUCUUUCGAGCACACACAAAAGAAAAAGAUAGCGGGAGGGACGAGGGGCCCAGGCUGCAGGAGCAGGGACGGCUUCCGCCGCUCCAAUCCGAAUUCAAUUGGGAGCCACGGUGAAGCUCUUCCGAGCCGAGUUUCGACCUCGAAGACUAGGGCAAUUAGGGGCGAGUGACUACUUGACACUAAUGAAAAAUAGAAAGUGGAGGAGGAAAGAGCAAGUUACAGAUGAGUUCAACUCUUACGUCACGGUCAAGCUGCAGAACGUGAAGUCGACGACGGUGGCCGUAAGAGGAAACUUGCCGUGUUGGGAGCAGGAGUUCAUUUUGUGAGUUGUCAAGGACGGCUGAAUAGCAUUUGAGGAAGGAACGGAGGAAGUUACCACGAUUUGUGGACCCAAUCAGACUUCACAACCAACUUCCUUCCCUGUUCCUUGUUUUUGAGGAUACUAGAAUCUUUAAGCAAACAAAAAAUAGCAGAAAUUUAGAAUUCAUAGUAUUUUGUCUACAUUCUCUCCUUAUCAUCUUUUUCUCUUCUUUCAAAAGAAACGGCUUUCAGUGAAACGAACCGACCGGACGAUGGGAUGGUUCUCGAACUGUGGGCAAAAGGAGUUCUAUGGGACAAACUGAUCGGAGUGCAUUACAUGCCCCUCUCGGAAGUCAAAUACAGGUUGGAAGAUACGAGAAGAGAAAGAAAAAGAAGGUUGAACUAUUACAGCAAUGCGGCUGGAAUGGGUCAAUGGCUGCAGAUGGACCAUGAACUGGAGACACGGAACGGGCAAACGGUGGGGACCCGCGGACCCACUGGGCACAACCUGCUGGCCGACGUCCGAUUUGAGUUGCCCUUCGGUUAGUUCCUUUCCUGACGAUCCUGAUCUCGUGCAAUACCUUCCUUCUUGUUCCUCUUUUUGAAUAAUUUGUGAUGCCACACGAUUAUUCCUCUCUCAAUGCUUCGGGUUAUAUCCAUCAACACCUACAUCAUCAUCAUCAUCAUCAUCAUCAUUUUCGUCGUCGUCUUCGUCUUCUUUUUCUUCUCCAGUUUAUUUUUGCAGCCGCGCGUUCCCGCUUCUUCCAAAUAGCUCUCCUGUCUUUCCCAAACUUUUGCGCGGUUUCUUGACACGUCGCCUCCGCUCUGCCACUCCUCUUCCCAUCCGCCUAUUUCGAUCCGAGUGCACCUCAUACAUCAAAACUGGGCGCACUUUCUUCUCGGCCGUCUCUGUCGUUCACCUGUUCUCCACACUUCAGGCCCUCCUCUAGUCCCGUUUCCUAUGCAUUUUGUGCACCAUUUUGCGAAUAAAUUCUCGACUGUUGAGCGGUCUCGCAAAUGCUCCAUUUAGAUUUCUAUUCUAACGCCUCUAGGCUUCAAUUUACGGCUCCGCAUGUCAGUUCUUCUAAGAAUCCAGCAUUCUGUAACGGUUAACUUUGGGGACCUGGUCCGUGAGCAUACUGAACUUAAUUGUUUAGAAAAGGAAAGUAAAAGACCAAAAGAUAAACUAUUAAGCGCACAAAUCUCUGUCCGAUUUCCUGGUGCAUCGUUUCGUUAUUCUGACAACACCUCCCAUGAGAGAAUGAUUCCGACACCAACUCCCUUCUCGCUCCUUCUUCCUCUUCUUUUCCUUCUUCUUCUUCUUCCUCUCGUUUUCCACACCCGUUUGCCCGAAUGCACGAGGCUCCACUCAAUUCCAGUCUCUUAUUUGUAUUUCCUGUCUGAAAUUUUCCGCAUUUGCUGCUCAGCCCGCCUUCUGACGGAGUGGCGGGUCACGGGAAAACGUAUUCAGAUGUGGCUCGACGAUAAAUCUUGCACGGAGCUUGAGCACUAAUUACUAGCACGGAACUGCUCCGCUCCUUUUGCUUUUCGCCCGUGAAUGCACUUUUUGUCCUUCUGAAAACAUCAAAGACGGCUUCGAGUUCGGAUGGUUCGUUUUCUCCGAAUCUUCUGUUGUUCCGCUGCGCAUAUGAGUAUCAAAUGUUCUAUUAAUUUCCAUAUAAACGAAGUCGGUAGGAAGGGGGUGGUUCUCUGUAAAUAUGGCAUGCUGAAGCAUUGUUUACCCUUCACGAGGCAACGUUUUUCGAAAUAAUGAGAGCAAGUGGUGGGGGCUCACCCGUCGGUUUCAAGUCGUUAGGUUAUAAUUGCAUAUUGUCCUCUUCUCCGUCUGUUGUGUUGUUAUGUUGCUCAUUUUUGGCAUAUCAACGGAUACGCGGCCUUUUGCUCUCACACACAACAACUCGCCCAACAAGCUUCAGCUGCUCCGGCUCAAGCUCCUAAUUUGGCACACAUACUUCUUCUUCUUCUUUUCUUCGACGUCGUCUUCUUCUCCUCCUCCAUCGGCAACAACGACGACGACGACAACGACGGCGCCAAGAAGCAAACGGCAAAAAAAAGGAGGACGAAGGAGAAGGAAAGGAGGAGGAAGAAGAAGAAGAAGAAGAAGUCGUUUUCCACAUCAUCUUCUUAUGUUACUUUUUUGCCAUUCUCUGUCGCCUUCCGCCGCUCUCUCCCUUUCUUUCUCCUCUAUUUUAGCUGCUUUGUAUUCCGUCGGCACGAGGAGGUCGUCUCGGGGCCACCUGUUAUGCUCGAGCCACAAAUUAACCCGAUAUCCGUCUGUCUUUCCCUUUUUCUAUCCGUUUUCGUACUCUCUCUUGUACUCUCCUCUACAAUCUGUUCUCUGUUCCUUUCCCAGUUCUGACCAUAUCUUUUCGGCUUCUGCUUCUGUUUGUCGCGACGUCCUUCUUCUUUGUCUUCUUCUUCUUCUUCUGGCUAUUCAAAUAUUUACCCCGUAGUCUUCUAGUACCCAUUCAAGACGAAGACGUUGGCAACAUCCGUCUCCUUCGUCGACUAGCCACAAUCAUUGGUUUUGUGAUGCGCAAAUUGUCUCAUUCGGCUUCCGGAAUGGGCAACGGAGGAGCCAUCCAAUCUCGGCCUGCCUGCCUCCUCGGCUGCUUUUGACACAUGUUUCGACGCCUUCUCCUCCUCCUCCUUCUUCACCUUCAGAGGGCCUGUCUACGGAAAUUUGAGCAAGAUGCUCGCCGAGCACCGCCCCUUAUAGUUUAUUCAUACUCGCACAUAUUAUAGGCAAUAUUCAAGCAUCACGGACGCAAGCAGUCAAAAAAACUAAAGUCUCUCGCUCUUCUGAAUUCGGGCGUAUCUCCCUCUUCCUCCUCCCCGCUUAUUUUCUUCCUUUCCGUGCUUUUCCACUCAAUUCAAAAUGCAUUCGAUCCGUGCCAACUUCGCACUGUGCCAAUCUUUUAGAGUCGAUCUUUCCCGACCAUUAAUCAAAAAUUCGGUUUUCCCGCAUUUUUCGGACACUCGGGAAUCUCCUCGAAUCUUAAAAAUUUCAGAUGCGCAGGGCUGCGACGAAGACAUUCAGUCGAAGUUGCUCGCGCUGAACGGACUUAUAGAACACGUAAGUUUGGGAGAAAAGACUGAAAGGACUGAGUGCUUUGCAGGAUCAGCUGCUUCCCAACAGCCAUCACCGGGCGCCUUUCAAUCAUUGUAAGUUUUGGCUUCUCUGAAUGAUUGAUAGCGGGGUUAGAGUUCCCGAAAUGAGUAGAGGAGAGAGUGUCCAGUCAUCCGAUCUUUCUUCCAGCGGGUUUGAGUGAAGACAGUGAUUAUACCUCCGACGUGUCCGUUCCAGUCAACCAUCAGUUGCACGCCAACAGCUCUGCCCAUCAGUUCGAGUCGCAUCUCCACCCACAUCGCAGCCGCCAGCUGCUGCACACUCGCGAGGGCGCAGUAAGUCGCCGCUUCUGAACAGCCUCGAACACCAUCUUAGACGUUACAGGCGAGUUAUGAAGACGAAGAAGACGCCUAUCACGCGAGACCUCAGCCUGACGCCUACCACGCAGAAGAUACGUACGACCAGCAUCCGUCGGCUUAUUACGACGGGUACGCGCCAAGAGGCAGCAAUCAGUACCAGCAGAGACACGACGAAUACGGACAUCAGGAGGAGGAAAAGCCACAGUACGAGGACACGGUGACUCCGGUACGCGAGUACGGCGAGCAGGCCGUUCCGGGUGGCUCCGGCGGUCCGAGGGCUUCGCGGCAGUUCGAUCAAGUGUACGGGUAUGCGUCGAGCAGCGAAGAAAGGUUCGACGCGCCGUUGUCAACUGGACGGAUGCCAAGAGAAGAGCCAAUUCUGGAGCACAACGAGCCAGAGUACGUGUACGAUCAGAAUGAAUAUCCGGAAGAAGACUACGGUAUCAAUCCGACGUAUUCGGAAGAACAGUACGACGACCAGCCAACAACAAUAGACGGUUAUCCGAAUCAGCAGAAUGAUUUUAGGAACGUAUAUAAUCAGAAUUAUCCAGGGUAACAGUAAACGUGACGGUUUUCCUCGAACUAAACAAUUUCAGAGAAUAUUGGAACGAAGGUGAACCACUUUCAUACAACAGUCGACCUCCGAAUGGGCAUGUCAGAACGUAAGUAUUCCGACUAUCUCUCUCUCUCUCUCCAAAAAUCAACUUCUUUUGUUUCAGGGGAGCGAAUACGUGGCGGGAACCGGGAACAUCCUCCCGUCCGACGUCUUCUCAGGCGUGGAACUACACAGAUGACGCUCACCCGUACGACGAAGUUGACCGCGGCUCGCGAGUUUCUUUCACCAGAACACCGUCAGUAGAUAGAACGGAUAGGAGAAGUGAUAGCGGUGGAGGAUACUAUGACGACUUAGCGGAAAGGUGGGAAAUGAUUGGAAUCUGUAAAAUAUUGAGAACAUUAAGUGGACGGAGGCCUGAUUCUCACCAUAAUUGGAGGUAUGAUUCGAUCCAGGAGGAAGACAAUGAAAAGGACAACUGGAAGGCGCAUGUGGAAGGAUACGAAGAAGGGCAGGUGCGUUUCCGUGGCAACCACGGCUAGAAUUGGCGCCUUUGUCUGCAGAGAGGCUUGCGUGCCAGAUCUGAUAUUCAAAUUAGUACUGCUUUUUGUAAUAAUGAACUCAGAAACACGUCGUUAUCAAGAAAUGACUGCCAAUGACUGAAAUGACUGCCAAUAUAGUCCGAUCUGUUUUGAGUUGAGAAACAACGGAAUACUGUAAUUUCUUACUCUAUUUGGUUCCGAAAUUCUUGUUACGCGCGUUUUGUUUUCUGUUCUUUCUAGGAUAAAACUCAUGAAUAUUCAGGAGCCGAAGGACAAGCGGAUAUACGAAGAACAACCGUCCUCCUUGUCCCAAGAUCCGUUCCCGCGCGUCGAACAUCAUUAUGAGCUGCGUCACGAGGAACCACCGCCGGCCGUGGGAAACGACAUCGUUCGGCAGACGAUCCAGGAAGAGGAGGAGAAGCGAAACUACCAGGAACUGUGGCAUUCGGCAUAUAAACGAGUUUGUGCAGACCUCGGCAUCAAGGUAUGUUAGGGAAACAAAUGGGCGGGCACGCGGUCGGUCGGAGCCACACCACUCCAAUUUCCGGAGUUGGAUAAUUGGAAAGCAGCGGAAGAAUAGGGGCCAGAACAACAAUUCUCGGGAAGACCGCGACGAGGACGAUGGAUCUCAGUGUCUGAAACACAAAUUAUUAUAAUGUCACACUUCCUUCUCUCGUGCCUUUUCACCCAGCCAAAAAUAUCCUUUCUCACUGGACAAUUUUGCUCCUCGGAGCUCGUGAGCAGCCCCCGGGGACGGAAGAACUCUUCGACUAACCCCCACGCGUGACGCCUUCAUAAUUCAAAUCCGCUUUGAAACAAACCCUUGGCCCCGCUGGCGCCGCCCGCAUUCCUCUUCGUCAAAACUGAUAUGCGAGACAAUCUUUUCGGCUUGUUUCUGACUCGUUUUCCCGCUUACAAUUCUCAUAUUUAUCAGCGUACACUACAAUUUCGGAAUGGGCGGUUGUCACUUAUGGAAUCAACCGAAUUACGGAAUUCUCAGAUUUCUUCUCUCUAGUCUUAAAACAGCUCUUAAGAAAUUUUCAACGUUUUCCAGCUGAUAUCAUGGCCGAUACUUGCCCAAGACGGCCAAGGUGCUCAUUUCGGUCGGCUCUUAGAAGUCCCCCGGAAAUGACGUCGGAAUAGGGCAUCUUCCGUGUUGACUUGUUUUUGUUAACACCUUCUUUUAGUUCGCGGAUUCCGUAGCUAACAAUGCUUCGGGGAGCUCCGAGAGAGGCACCCGACUGCCCGACGACUACGAUUAAAAAUUCAAUUCAGGCCCACUUUUUGGCUGCUGCUUGCCAGGCACCAUCGUUUUUGUGCUGCUGGUUUAUAGGCAUCGCCGCCAAAAAAACAUGCCUCAUCCGGCAUGUAGCACACAAAUUUCAUGGUCCUUUUGGCACAAGGUGCGCCGGCGGUCCGACGGCCCUCGAAAAACAAUCGGGCUCGUCCGUUAAGCAACUCACUUUCUGCCGAUUUAAUUAGCCAAAUUAUUAUUUGAAGCCCGUGGCUCUCGUCUCUCUUUCUCUAACUUUCUCUCUCUUUCUCCCUCUUUGCCGAGUCACAGGUCUUGUGGUUAUCCAGUAUUCUUAUAUCAUAGUUAUUUACUUUAAUUCAAAAUCGAUCGUGAAGUCGGUCUCUGUGGGUUACCGAUUGAUGCUCUUGGAGCACGCACGUUCUCUUGCAAACGCCGACUGAUAAACAUGAGGUGCAUAGGUGAGCGGAGCACACUUUUUCGUGAUGUUUGAAGCGGUUUGUCACAUUUUGUGGCUUCGUUUCCUUCUGAAUGGCAGUGUUCUUUUCUUUCGAAUCAAACACAAACAAUAAUAUUUUCCGCGAAAACGCCUUUUGCUGACUCUUCGCAGGCUCUCCAGGACCACAAACGGAAAUCUGAACUUUUCGUCAAGCGGAAAAACGGGCAAACCGCCUGGAGAUCUGUUUUCAUUCGCGCGGCGGCUCGAAGCUGGCUGCUUUUCGCGGCCGUUGACCUUCUUUGAAAGUUAUUUCGCUCUCGAUAGUAAUUAUAUGUGCGCAAUGCGCUGCCAGAGCCCUCUUAUUCUACAUAAUUUCAUUUCCACUUGCCCUCGGUCUUCAUCUAACACCAUUUUUUCGUUAGAAUUAAACUAUUCCGUAGGACGUCAAUCAAUCUGAAUCUGUCCCCAUUUCUCAGAGAUCGAAUGUUCCCCAUACUAUCUUGAUCGUUCAAUGAUUCAUCAUUUGAGCAGCGUUUGAGCUGAUCUCCAGUCAAAAAGUGAGGUCACAGUCCGUCCUUGAGCAAGUCGUCCGUUGCUUUCUCGUUCUGUUAAACUCGUAAACUUUCUCUUCUAUCUCUCGCUCUCUCACUGCUCACACCUCACACCAACAACACCUAAUCAAAUUAUACAGCUUCGUCUUCGUCGUUUUUUCCAGCCAGCCAGACCUCUCGCACGUCCUCCUCUUCCGCCAAAGGGAAACGGACCAUUGCCGUUUCAAACUGACCCUUCUUCUUUUUUCUCUCCAUCCUCCUCCUCCUGUCAUGAUUCUAUUUUGGCUGACAGCAUCGGCGGCCCAUUGUAUAGAUGUAUUAUGUUUCAUAAUUGCCUUCCUCUUCCUCGGACGCGGACCUUUGACUUACUUCUCGUUGCUCUCUCUAGUCUUUUCCGGAACAGUGGCUGCUCAUCAAGAGCAUCUCAAGAGUUGCCGAAGCAUUCUGAUAGUGCCACAGUAGUCCGAAAUUGCUCAAGAGCUCUCGAGAGAUUUGUGAUUCUCUAUGUCUUGGAAAUACGGCGGCUCAGAGCGAAUCAGAAGCCAGCUCUUCGAGGGAUGUCUGCUCCAAGCACUCAUUCCGCUCCCCUGUUUUCUCUCCUUUCCUUCUUGAACAAUGGAGCGUCAGCGUGUAAUUUGGCAGCGCGAACAACGUCAAAACAAAGAGAUUCUCGGUCCGAACGGACGAGCACAUCAAGUGUCUCCCCGGGAUUCGCUUUCCAAAGGUGUCGAAGAGCCAUUUCCAAUUUCCCGCACGUCGACUGCUUCUGAAUGGACGUGACUCUUUCUCUCUCUCUCUCUCUCUCUCUCUCUCUCUCUCUCUUUCUCUUUUCCUUCUAACACAAUCUUGCUAGCUCCGGAAGCAGUCAACUUUCCAAAAAUGCCUCCUGCGGGGGUGCGAAAUUGGACACUUUGGUUGGCGCCUUUCAAAUUGUUGAGAAUGACACCUAAAAAUAGUUGUGACUUAUGAGUAAUAAUGAUUUCUAUGAAAACCUUAAAAUCGCCAAGACCAUCAAUGACGCCUUCUUUGUUCGAAAUAAUCUUUCUAUUUUCCGGUCGUUUCCUUCCUUUUCCUUCUGAAUAUAUUACUCGUCUAACUUUUCUUUGCCUAUGAUGACAGCCGCGGGCACUUUUGAGUUGCGGUUUUCAAGAAAAAUAGCAUCUUCUCAGUGUGAGCUCAGGGGCAAGUGUAUAAUUAUCUGUGGAGCAGCUCUCCCCUCCUUCCUCUUCCACUCUUAUGCGUUCGAUGUUUCUCUGGCAACCAGUUUGUAAGCCAAUUAUCAUGUACGCUCUCUUGUUUUUCCGGGCUCCGCGCACAAAACAGUACAGAAAACAAGUGCUCAUUUAGAUGUUUGAGCAGUUAAGGUCACGAAUUCGUUGGCAAGAAUCUUUCCUUUCAUCAGAGAUGUUUAACUUCCUCCUUUCGGGACAACAAGAGACUCGAUGUGCUCGGAUCCGAUUGGCUUCGUCAGCAGUUUACCUCUUCGCCCGCGCACGCACUUUGCAUAUCGGCUCUUCAUUCCCCCUUCAUAACUUUCUUUUUCCUCUUCUUUAUACUUUCCUUUUCACCUUUAAGUAUCCGGUCUGAAGAAUGAUCCGGAAGGAGAAGACUUCCGUAGAAAAAGCAAAAACUUACAGCCGUUGCUGCUGCCGCUCAUUUCGUAGCCGAUGCAUAUUUAGACAUGUUUUUUGCCGCCGCCGCAGUUUUUUUUUUGUGUUCUUCUCCGAGAAAGCAGAAAAGGGAAGAGAUGAAAUAAUGAAAAACUCUUGAAAUCUCCUUCAGUGCCUUCUCUCUUCUCUCGGGGUUAGUCCGCUGUUCCGAGCCCUUGUGUAACUAGUUAACUAUUCUUUGCCUCCUUCGUUUCCCUUUCCCUUUCCAUCGACACACUAACUUUCCGUUUUUUCCCCUUGGACGUCUUUCGAGUGCACCCAAAACUUGACACUUGCCCACGGAUUUUCUUUACUAUUUUGAAAUGUUCUCAGAAUAUUCUCUUUAAAACUGAGAAGACAAGGCAGGACCAAGCGGGGCGGUUUACGAGGGCGCCCAGCUGCGCAGGCAGCACUUUCAGCAGCUUCUGGGGCUUCGAAAAAGCCUUCUUUUUGACGUCAAUCCAUUCUGAUUCACGUGCCAACACCGUCACUGUCCGCUUCUUACUCUGCCAUUCGUUAAUCUUCCGAACCUCUCAUCGCUCUUUCUCACUUUUCAAAUGUCGAAUUAUGCGUUGAUGAGUCCGCGGACCAUCGUGCAACGACCCGUUUUAAUGAAUUAUUCGCGAUUCUCGCCUUUAUUAAAGUCAUUUCUCUCCGGUUUGGGGCAGAGGUCGCCAGGCCACGUGCAUUCGGCUGCCACGUCAUCUGACCCGCUUCUUCUGAAGGUGACAGGCCGCUUGACCAGAGAACUAUUUUACUCUCUCGCAGUUUCGAAAAUACGGAAGCCCCUGAAGUAUUUCUUUCGUUUUAGAAAUCCGUCUCCCCAGAGAACACUUUCCUUCGCGGCUUCUGCUGCCACGUCAUCUCCAUUGCCUUCUUUGUCCUGUUUGUUGUCUUCUUCAUCCCUCUCCAUUUUUCUCCCCCGAGACGCAGACAGUUGUGCUCCUCUGGUCCGAUUGCACUUCACGAAGACCAGUCGAUUCCGGAGCAACCACGUCUGAAAUCUGAGACUUUUGAAAGCUUUUAACGAAUUUCGAGGUCUUUCGCCUUUUGCCCCUCGUUCUCUCCUUUCUCCUUCCAUUCUUGACACUUUGCUUUUUUCUCAUUUUAGUGACUUAUUUAGUGACGACGCGGUUCCAUCGGGUGAACGUUGUUGCAAAAUUUGUUUCUCUACCGGCCGAAGCUGGCGCCGGCUGGGCAUGGCGGGGCGUCGGCGUCUCCUCCACUCUCGGAUCCAGCAGGCGCCACCCGCAUCUACAACUACAACAAUAACAACAACGUUUCGAAGAAUGGACUGGCGGCCUCGCCCCCUCCUCCGCUGGCGUCGUCCGAAAUGACGGAUCCAUCGAGAACCCCCUCGACCACUUCAAUGGCGGUUCCCUCGAUUCUCAGCCUCACCGUCCCGAUCCCGCUUUCUCCCGGUCCGUCUAGUGAUCCGCCAACGCCAGUCUCUCCGAAUCCUCCUAUCAAACGGAGUACGUACAAGAUCAAAGAGGCGUACGAAGAUCGGAAUGGUGGGAGGGAACGGAUAUACACAACUAGUCUGAUGAGUGUGUAUCUGGAGAAAGUGAUGCCACCGCCCGAGAAGGAAGGAACUGCCAACUCUGCAGAAAUUGGGACCACUAAAAAGAUAUUCGUUGCCGACGUUCUGCCCAAAUCGAUAUCAUACGCAGCUGCUAAGGAUAGGCUCAAACAUUUUGGAAGCAGGGAAACGGGUAUUUCAAGUUCAAGAACGGCGUCCGGAAUUAUAAAACAAGCGAGUACUCCUACCACUUCACUUCCUCCGCCUCCGCCUAAAUCGGCGAGCAGAGACUCCGAUCCAAUGCGGCAAUUACUCACUUUUUCAAAAUCAUUCAAGAAGGUCAGACGGGUCCGAUCGGCAAUGCCACGUCGGCGGAAAAGGAAGAGGGUCACCAUAAAAAGAGCGAGAAGUUGUCCGGAACUCAGAAAAAUGGAUAAGGUUGCCGCGAGAAAACGGAGCAAAAGUUUAACGUGUUUGAGAGCUCCAAAGAAGGGAAAAGAAGUGAAGGUGGUUCGGUUGAAGCCGCCGGCGGUCAGAUGCGAAUCGGACUCGAAGGCACAGAAGAAAAUACAUCUUCUGGAUGUGUACAAGGACAGAGGAAAGGUGUGGCUCCGAUAUACCAGCUGAAUUGGGGAAAACUUUGGGAUUUUCAAAUGCCUUCCUUCAAAUCAGUUCACUUUCAGAGUACGGUCCUCGACGGCAACGGAUGUUCGGCUGCCAACGCCUUCUACAAAUCGAUCGAUGCGGCUCCGAACAUGAACGUGGCAAGGACGAAGACGAGCAUUCCGCUGGUCUCCGAGCUGGUGAGUAGACGUUCAGGGACUGUGGGGUAGAUACAGUGAACUUCUCAUUGCACUUGUUCGUUCAAACUUCUCGUUAGAAAGGAAAGUAUUGGGUAUUCAUUGUGUUCACAGAAGUGAUUGGAGCACACUUUCCUUCUCCUUCUCCUACCUCUCCUUUCCACACUUUUCCCUGUUUUUGUCGAACACUUUAAUCGUAUUUUCCACAUUUUCAGGUUCUAAAGGUAAGAAUUCGAUCACUUCCACUUCCACUUCUCCUAGAAUAGGAUAUGGUAAAACUGUACAAACGCAUAGAAACUGUUUUCCUUUUUUGCUUUUCUCGGUUCUUCCCACUACAGUUUGGCUAACAAUUCCGUUUGAGUUCUGAAAAUUUCGAUGAUGGCUGCCAGCGGACUUCGUUCUUUAGCUUUAUUCAGCUCUGCAUGCUUUCAGCCGGCUUUCCCCUCCCUUGGUUGCUUUAACAAGGAAUUUCAGAGCGAAUUUAGCCUUUAUUUGCAUAAAUGCAUGAGAGCUUAGCAUGAGAUGUGUUUGAGCAGUCUGAACUUUGAGUCUUUCAGACGAUGGCGACGAAAAGAGCACAAGCUGGAUUAGCCAAUGCGGCCAAGACCACGUUUGCGGACACUGAAUUGGUACAUAUAAGAUUCUGAGACAGUUGGAUCUCAAAAAGAGUUUUCAGAAGUCUCACGUGUACAAGAAGACACUGCAAGCAUUGAUAUACCCGAUCAGUGCGACGACUCCACACAACUUUGCCACAACGACAUUCCAGACGCCUACGUUCUGCUAUGAAUGCGAGGGAUUGCUAUGGGGACUGGCGAGACAGGGACUGAGGUGCACACAGUGCCAGGUCAAAGUGCACGAUAAGUGUCGAGAGCUGCUGAGCGCGGAUUGCCUCCAGAGAGCAGCAGAGAAGUCGUCGAAGCACGGAGAAGCGGACAGAGCACAGUCUUUGGUGAAUGUGAUUAGGGACCGGAUGAAGGUGCAGGAGCAGAACAAACCGGAAGUGUUCGACAUGAUCAGAACGGUGUUCGCUGUGGAUGAGAAGACGCAGAAGGAGACUAUGAAGAUGGUAAAGGCGUCGAUUCUGGAGGGAAGCAGCAAGUGGAGUGCGAAGAUCACACUGACCGGUCAGUUGAUUUCAGAAGGGCAGCCUCAGAUAAAUGAUAGCAUUUCAGUGUUGUGCGCUCAGGGACUCAUUGCCAAGGACAAGACCGGAAAAAGCGAUCCAUACGUGACGGCGCAAGUCGGGAAGACGAAGCGAAGGACACGGACCAUACACCAAGAGUUGAACCCCGUGUGGAACGAGAAGUUUUACUUGUGAAUAUCCCCUGGGCAUUUGGAAAAUAUGUGAAAUGGCGGUUUGCAGUGAAUGUCACAACUCGACCGACCGCAUCAAAGUUCGUGUUUGGGACGAGGACAACGAUCUGAAGUCCAAGUUGAGGCAGAAGUUGACGAGAGAAUCGGAUGACUUCCUGGGUCAGACUGUGAUCGAAGUGAGGACACUUUCCGGAGAAAUGGAUGUCUGGUACAAUUUGGGUAUGAAAAAUUCGAAAGAAAUUCAAGGGAAACCUUAGCUGUUUUCAGAAAAGAGAACGGACAAAUCGGCAGUAUCUGGAGCCAUCCGUUUGCACAUCAACGUUGAGAUCAAAGGAGAAGAGAAGCUGGCUCCGUACCACGUCCAGUACACGUGUCUGCACGAACACGUGUUCGCUAUUCACUGUGUCGACGAUGAAGUGAAACUGCCGAAAGCGAGAGGAGAAGACAGCUGGAAAGUGUGUUUUCAAGAGACUGGACAGGAAAUCGCAGACGAAUUUGCGAUGAGAUACGGAAUUGAAGGCAUCUAUCAGGUACACCUUGUCGUUUUAUACUUUUCUGAUUUCAGUACAUUUCAGGCCAUGACCCAUUUCGCUUGUCUAUGUACCAAGUACAUGUGCGCAGGUGUGCCCGCAGUCCUUUCCACGUUACUUGCCAAUAUCAACGCGUAAGUUGGUUCUCACGAUUCAUGAAAUCUGAGAAGUUCUUCUCGCCCUCUAGAAAUAGCAUCAUUUUGUAUAUACGAACUAAUCUGGCAAACAAACAAAGCAUUUAUUCUCGCGUUUCCCUUUUUGCAGUUAUGCUAUUGUUUUUUCUCAGUCAACAGGAUUCUGUUGUCUAGGAGAGACUCUGCAAAAACACUUGGGUGACUCAUUCCAUUACCCCUUUGCAGGUACUACGCCCACACAACUGCCACGUCAGCAGUGUCCGCUCCCGACCGCUUUGCCGCUUCCAACUUCGGCAAGGAGCGCUUCGUUAAACUGCUGGAUCAGCUGCACAACAGUCUGCGGAUCGAUCUGGGCAUGUAUAGGGUGAGUGAUCGAAUCAGCGGCCAUUCAUCCCCUCCCGUAAUUCAUCGCCUAAUCGGGUGUUGUGUCGUCUCGAGAUGCCCCUCCUCUCGCAGUCUCUCCCCAUUUUCCCCGCAAUCCGAGCAGCCAGAUUAGUUGCUCGGCGACGGCGCCACAGUGUCAAUCUUCUGCCAUUUUGAUGCAACGACGUCAGAAGACGUACGUCCUCAAUGAACGAAAUCAAAUUGUUUGCCAAGAGCAUCCCACAACCACCCGCCAUGAAGGACGAUAUUGGAUGUGUUAGAAGACGGCUGAAAUUGGAAUUUUUUUCCUGCUUUCGCAAUCCAACCGGAACCUUUCUUCCAAUCCGCUCAAUGCGUGUCUCUGCGUCUCCAUCGUCUUCUGAUAAAGCAUUCGAAGAGUAGGAGAAGACGUGAGAAACAUGCGGUUCUUUGGGAUGCACUAAUUUCGCUUUCUCGCCCUACAAAUGCUCUCUUUCUUCCUUGGCUCACUGAUGUCACCUGAAAUAUGUCGAUUCCAAUCUUGAUGCUCAUCUCCCCUCGAAAGUACUCUCCAUGCUUACCCACCCACGAGAAAAAUGUCAUCGAAAUUCAAAACUUCCCACACAUCGACAACCUUUUCUGCUCUUUUUUCCCUCCGAGCAUAAUAUAUAAAGAAGAGAGGCAGCCAGUGGAAUAUCUCGAAAAUCUGCUCGGUCAAGCUCCCCUCUCAUCCGUAAUAUCUUGUUUUUUGGAGAUUAAUUGCGGCUUUCCUUUUCUCUGAUAGCAGAAAAGUAUUGGAGGAAACACUCGGGUGUGAGUCGGUGGACAAAUUCAAUUUCGAAAAGGCGGAAGAUGUGCUCCGUAUGCACUCUCGGCUCCUCAACCAUUCUGACACAUUCCAAAACACUUGACACUUUCUAAGACGCCUCCCCCUGUCAUUUUUCUUUCUUUCGCUUUUUUGAGGCACUAAGACUGCGGCCAACAAUUUGUUCAGUUUCCAUAGAAAACCCAUCUUUGUGGCCGUUUGGAGGGCACCCCGUCAAUAAAUCGUCCCCCGUCUAUUUAGCUUUCACUUUUCCGAGCUAGUUCCUGACUGAAAUCAAUUGGAUAUCCGGUCCGAAUAUAAACUGCUUUCCUAUUUUCAGAAUCAUUUUCCAUCAUCUUCGCCAGCCAAGCUCCAGGACCUCAAAUCGACGGUCGACCUCCUGACUUCGAUUACCUUCUUUCGUAUGAAAGUGAGUCCCAACUCUGUUCCUCCAACACGUGAUUAAUUGAAGGUUCUCGAAUUGGCGAGCCCUCCGAGAGCAUCUAAUGUGGUUCGCGAGUGUGCGAAAGCGUGCAUGCAGCAGACAUACCAGUUGAUGUUCGAGUCUUGCUGCGAGCAGGGCGGUCCCUCCGCCGACUCGGUCCAGUUCUGGUUCGACUUCAUCGACUACAUCAUGCGAGUCAUCGAAGACGAUCAGAAGAACUACACGCCUGCGCUGAACCAGUUCCCGCAAGAACUCAAUGUGGGCCAGUUGUCGGCGGGAACCCUCUGGCAAUUGUACAAGAUGGAUCUGAAGAUGGCACUGGAAGAGCAUGCGGAAACGAAAAAGUGCAAGACUCCAGAUUACAUGAACUUGUACUUCAAAGUGAAGGGAUUCUAUUUCAAGUACGUGGCAGAGCUUCCGCAGUACAAGCAGUCGAUUCCCGAGUUCCCGGCCUGGUUCAUUCCGUUCGUUAUGGAUUGGCUCAACGAGAACGACGAGCACUCGAUGGACAUUCUCAGAAAUGCCUACAAUGUGUACGUUCAUUUUCUCACUCACUCCUAUCCUCAAAUCAUUGCUUUAAUUUCAGUGACAAGGCCGACAACUUCCCGCAAACAUCGGAACAUACCAAGUUCUCGAACAGUGUCGUCGAUGUGUUCACUCAGUUGAACGCCGCCCUCAAAUUGCUCAAACAGAUGGACUGUCCGAAUCCGGAAGUUGCCGCCGACAUGAUGAAGAGGUUCAGCAAGACACUGAACAAGGUGCUUCUCGCCUACGCAGACAUGGUGCAGAAGGACUUCCCGAAAUUCGCGCACGAUGAAAAACUUGCGUGCAUUCUGAUGAACAAUGUGCAACAAUUACGGUAAGUUCUCAUGUCAGUUCUCAGACCUCGGCUCCAACUAAUAAUCCUUCAGUGUCCAACUUGAAAAGAUUUACGAAACGAUGGGCGGUGCAGAGCUGGAUGAGCAUGUCGGAAGCGUUUUGACUGUGCUGCAGAAGAAGUUGAACUCUGUGCUCGACAAGCUUUCCGGAGAGUUCGUCGCAACUCUCGAGCCUCACAUUCACGAGCAGACCAUGAAACUCGGAGUAUUACUCACCAAGAUCAAGGGUCCCCAACAGCAGAAGUCACAAGUGCAGCCGGAUGCCGAUGCCGUUCUUGAACCUCUCAUGGAUCUGCUGGAAGGCUCGUUGCGAAGAUACGCAGAUCAGUGCGAGAAGACAGUGCUCAAAUACAUUCUGAAGGAGCUGUGGAAGAUAACAAUCGUGAAUUUGGAGAAGAGAGUCGUCCUGCCACCACUUUCCGACAAAGCACUGCUCAAGCAAUUGCCUAAUGCGAAGAUCGGCGACGUGACCAAGUUGAUGUCGACGAACAUCCAGAGUAUAAAGGGAAUGAACUCGGUAAAGGAUAUGAUGGAUAUGGCGAGAGAAAGCGAAAGAUCACUGACUCCGAAGCAGUGUACGGUGCUUGAUUGCGCUCUCGAUGCCAUCAAAGACAGUUUCCACGCAUCCGGAAAAGGGCUCAAGAAGUCGUUCUUCGAGAAGUCUCCAGAACUGCAAUCUCUCAAAUACGCCCUCAGUCUCUACACGCAGACCACCGAACAACUCAUCAAGACGUUCAUUACGAGUCAAAGACAACAAGGCAUGACCGCGAGAGAAAUGCAAAUACUAUUCAAUUGUAUUUCAGACCUUCCGAGUCAGGAGCAGCCCGUUGGAGAAGUCAGUGUCCAAGUGGACCUGUUCAGUCAUCCAGGAACGGGCGAACAGAAAGUCACCGUCAAAAGUGAGUCACAGAUCGUCCGUUUCAAUUUUCAAUCGGUCUCUUUCAGUUCUCGCCGCGAACGAUCUUCGAUGGCAGACGUCAUCGGCCUUCAAGCCGUUCGUCGAAGUUCACCUUGUCGGACCACAUCUCUCGGACAAGAAGAGAAAGUGUGCGACGAAAAGCAAGCCAGGAAACUGGGCUCCGAAGUUCAAUGAAACGUUCCACUUGUCAGUGACCGCUUUUUCGGUGCUCUUUCACACAUUGUUUCUGUUUCAGCUUCCUCGGGAACGAAGGGGAACCGGAGCACUACGAGCUCAUGUUCCAGGUCAAGGACUACUGUUUCGCCAGGGAAGAUCGGAUCGUUGGUGUCGGAGUCCUACAGUUAUCGUCUGUUGUUGAACAAGGUCAGUCAAAAUUUCCCCAUUUUCAAUCAAACCUGAUUUCAGCGGGAUCCUGUGCAAUGUGGGUCCAAUUGGGAACUCGUCUUCACAUCGACGAGACCGGACUCAUUCUGCUUCGGAUCCUCUCCCAACGUCAAACUGAUGAGGUGAGUGCUUGCUUCGGAAGAACCCUCCGAAUACAUUCAUUUCAGGUCGCCAAGGACUUUGUUCGCCUCAAAACAGAGUGUCGUCACGAGACGGAGACAGUCAUGGCCGCUUCCGCGAGCAGUCAAAACAUCAACCGAACUUAG